AUGCAGUACUAUCCUGGCGGUGUAGUAUCACCAAGUUCUCUUGCUGUCCCUCUUGUCAUUGCAUUGAUGGUCUUUUUAAUCGCCUAUGCAAUUUUCGAAGUCCCAUCCAAUUACUUCCUCAAGAAACUCAGUCCGAGUAAAUGCAUAUCCUUUCUGAUGUUUUCAUGGGGUAUCAUGACUAUUGGACUUGGUUUCACCCAUAGCUUUUCUAGUGUAACUGUUGUGAGAUUUCUUCUUGGGAUGUUCGAAGCUGGAUUAUUCCCAGGUCUUGUAUACUACCUUACUUUCUGGUAUCGUACUUCAGAACGUUCGAUUCGCGUUGCAUUUAUUCUCGCUUCCGCAACACUCGCUGGAGCUUUUGGUGGAGCUAUUGCUUUUGGUGUUGGUCAUAUGAAUGGUACAGAUGGAAUGUCAGCUUGGAGAUGGUUAUUUGUAAUUGAGGGAAUUCCUUCUUGUUUGUCGUCCAUCUUGGUAUUUUUCUUCCUGCCAGAUUAUCCAGAGACUGUAAAAUGGCUAUCAAAAGAUGAGAAGGAUUUAGCUACAAGUAGACUUGCUACAGAAGGAUCUAAAGGGGGUGAUAAGGGAUUGACGUGGCAAGAAGCGAAGGAAACUCUUUGUACUUGGAGAUUAUAUGCUCAUUAUGCAAUCUACUUUGGUAUCUCAACACCGUUUUCGAGUUUAUCCUUAUUCACACCGAGUAUUACCGCUGGUCUUGGGUACAAAAAUCUAGAGGCUCAACUUAUGACAGUUCCUCCAUACGCUGUUGCUUAUGUCAUAACAAUUCUCGUCUCUUGGUCCGCUGACCACUUCAACGCUCGUGCUCUCCACUCCUCAACCAUGGCCCUAGUCGGCGCCAUCGGUUUCACCGCUUCCGCCCUCCUCCCCCCAACAUCCUACGCCUCCCGCUACGGCUGUCUCAUCAUCGCCGCCUCAGGAGCAUUCUCCUGUAUCCCACCUCUCCUCGGUUUCCUCUCUUCAAACAUCUUCUCAACAGCGGGUAUUGGCCUUGCUAUCGCGCUUAAUAUAUCAAUAGGAGCACCAGGACAAAUUGCAGGUGUCUGGAUAUAUAAGGCGGAUCAGGCAAAAGAGGGGUUUCCCUUGGGUCAUUGGGUUAAUGCGGGGCUGUUGUAUUUUGUUUGUGAGGGUUAUGGAGGGGCAGAGAAGGUUUGCUUAUUGAGGAAGGAUGAUUCGGGAAGUUAG